AUGGGAAAGGAAAUCAAACGUGCGGUUAAGGUCAAAACGACAGGAAACACGGUGAAGUUACGUAAGCAGCUGCGCUUGAAGCGGUGCGGUAGAGCGCAGCGGCCAGAACCCAGGGGCCCCGACUGUUAUGCUGCAUUUGCAGAAUCUAGACAAUGCGUGAUCACAAUGAAGGGAAAAAGCUUGAAAAUUAAAGGGAAAUCUAAGAAAGAAGUCUCUAAGAAGGGUUUGCCGACGCUAGGACGAAAACGGAAGGCGUCACAAGAGGUUGAGCCGGAAUCAUCAGAUGAUGGUGAUUUUCCAGUUACUGAUGGGCAAGAAACUGAGAAAAAGGUCUCUGCGUUGGAAUUAGUGCAAGAAAGCGAUUCCGACGAUGAAGGAGAUUCGGACAAGGAGUUGCAAAUUGCACUUCGUGAUGGGCUACUGAAAACGGACCGCCUCAACUAUCUCGUCGAAAAGAAACGUCCUAUAAUUAAUAAAACCGCGGAGAUGCGAGAGAAAAUAGCACAAUUCGCCAAAAAAUUGCCUUGGAUUGAAACUGUCGACGUUACCACCCAAUCAACGCUCACAAAAGAUAUGAUAAACAAUGAUUUCGAGCGCGAAUUGCAAUUCUACCAACAGGCUGAAAAGGCUGUUCAAUUAGCUGUUCCUCGUCUUUUAUCUAUGGGAAUCAAAGUCAUUCGACCGUCUGAUUACUAUGCUGAGAUGGCGAAAAGCGAUGGACAUAUGCAGAAGGUGCGAAAGAGAUUGCUUAAAAUCCAAGAAGGAAAGGAACGACAAGAAGCUAUACGUCGAAUGCGUGAAGAGAAGAAGUAUGCUGCAAAGGUUCAGAAGGAGGUAUUGGAGAAGCGAAACAGCGAGAAGAAACUGUUGAUGGAAGCGGUAAAGAAGCAUAAGAAAGGAAUGAAACAACAGUUGGAAGAUAUGCUCAGUAAUGUCAAAAGAAUGGGAUUGGAUCAGGAUGAUGAAGUUGCCCCCAGUGGUUCAAAGAAGCAAAAUCACGUGAACAAAUUUGGUCACACGAAAUCGAGAGGCAGAUUUGAUGCCAAGAAGCAGUGGAAAAGCGAAAAGUUUGGUUACGGUGGUAAGAAGAAAGGAAGGAAGCGAAAUGACAAGGAGAGUUUCGAGAGCAUCUCUGCGGGACGAGAUAAGUCUAGGGGACAGAGCCACGCUGAUUUCCGUGGUAGAGGUCGCUUUAGAGGUGGCAGAUCACGAGGAAGUAGACGAUGGAAUAGAGCAGUUUUCUACAUAGAUUCUGAGCUAGUCAUGUUGCUGGAAUUGGUGUCGGGCGUUCUCAUCUUCAUCGUACUUAUCUUCUGCACAUUUUUCCCGUACUGCUAUCUGCUUCGCCGCAACAGGAAUGGAGAUAAACGAAUCAGUUCAUUGUCCAUUUGCAAUUGUGUCGCAUGUGGAAUUUUCCUAUCGACGUGUUUUCUUGGGCUGAUUCCACACGUUCGUCACCAGGAAGAAAUUAUAAGAGUUAGCUGGAACUCGUCGAAUGUUAGUGGAAACGUUGGACGAGACAUCUUUUUAAGCACAGAACUUGUUGUUUUACUAGGGUUUCUAAUGAUUCUGGUUAUUGAACAGCUGGUUCUAGUAUGUUCACAUAGUAGUUCGAGUUCGAAAACCUCACCAUCUCGUGCAAGUGCUCCACCAUCUUUACGGGCAUUAUUAGAAGGAGAGGCCGAAGACGGUCAACCGCUUGUUGACACCACUUUAGAUGAUCAUGAUGACGGUAUGCAGGACAUUGUCUUUAGAUCCGUAUCGCCCGUUGAGCAUAGCCAUAUCAUCCACACUCAUGCGCCGCCUCCUCAAGAUGGUAUAUCGGCACGCACACUCUUCUUGCUCUUUGGACUUUCCACUCACUCGCUGUUUGAAGGAGUAGCAUUGGGAGUUCAGGGUGAUAGAGAUUCCUUUAUGAAUGUAUUAAUUGCGGUCAUGUUCCACGAGGUUCUUUGCUGCAUUGCAUAUGGUGUUUCUAUGGCUCAACAGUAUACUCCUGUGCGUGCAGCUUUACCAACAGUUUUGAUUUUGUCUGGUAGCAUACCGACUGGAAUGUUUUUGGCUUCCUUGGUCGAUCACUUCGAUUCGGAUUCAAUCAUGUUUCGCUUUGUAUUGGAGGGUUUGGCCGCUGGUACAUUUGUAUAUGUUGCGUGCGUAGAGAUGCUUAGCGCCGAAUUACGGCAUUCUCAUCAUCAUCAUUCCGAUGGUAAUGAACAUCAUGAAGAUCGUGCUCAACCACCGUCGACCUAUCAGGGUCUUAUGAAGGCGACUGCAGUAGUUUUUGGUGUGUUUUUGUUUUGGAGCUUGCAAAUUGCUCGUGGUGGACAUCAUUAG